GUGAUUUUUACAUGUUUCGGGGAAAAUCUAGAGUGGGCUCAACUCGAGCCUCUGUUGGUGCCCAAUCACGCCCAAGUGCGGGUGGUAGGAAUUUCAAGGUAUUUUCGGAAAUUGACGGCACUAAAGUUGGUGAUGGGAUUAUGACAUCUGCAAGAGGAGCAGUCGCAACUUCAAGACGGAUUGCUCUGGUAGCUGAUAAAGGGCUUAUUCCAAAUAGCACCAGUAAACCAAAGGGUGGUCUCAAAAGUAUGGAUAAAAGUAGUGGCAAAUGUGGUACUUCUGCAAAGAUAAAUGUAAGAAAGGCAUUGACUGAUCUUAGCAAUGUUCAAGGAAACUCUACAACAGCUAGUGGGCAUGCUAGCUCCAAAGUGAAAGUUUCAGCAGGUUCCAGCGCUAAAGUAGGGGGCAUCUCUUUAUGCAAAUCCUUCAAGGGAAGAAAGCAUAGAAAUACAAGUCAAGCAAGCACAGAUUUGAGGUCAUCUUUGAAUGAUCAGAAGACUACUAAAAAUGGAGGUCAAUCGGUUGUUGUCACAAAGGACAGGUUUGCAAGGAAGGUUAUAUUACCCACAACUACAAGCACUUCAAGGAAGUCUUUACCAGUACCAAGGAGGGUUGGCGGGGAAGACAUGAGUAACACAAAGGAAAAUGGUAGAAGUUCUCAAACAGCAAAAGGCCAAGUUAAGGCAAAUACUGGCAGAAGAGAUAGUUCCCAACUAAUUAAUGCAAGAAGCCAUCUACUGAAGACUCGAGUUAGUGAUGGCUUUGUUCAAAUGGUUCAACCUAACAUUUUACAUGCAUCCUCAAGGAAGUCCACCAAGCCUAUUGUUAAGACCACACUCAAGGCUUCCACUGCCCAAAGUACUUUAAAAUCUAAAUCCAUAUCGGGCCAGAACAAAUCAAAAUCAACUGCGGCAACAUUGCCUCAGGAUGAUGAAACAGUUUCCUUGCCUAUUCCUGAGAAUAGUUCAAUGACAGUUUUUGAUGAUGCAAAUCAAACAAACCUUCCAUGUGAUGGAGAGAGUAACCUGAGAGCAGAUUUGUCAGAGUUUAUUCCAAGGAAAAAAUCCAGUCGCCGGAAAUCUUAUACAAUUUCAUUGAUUGAGAGAUCUAAGUUUCUUGAGGAAAAUGGUGAUGUUAGAGAGCAGGACAACCUACCAAAUAUAGAUAAUAAAUGCAAUCAAUUGGAAGUUUCUGAAUACAUUGACGAGAUAUAUCAGUACUAUUGGUUUUCUGAGGUACAUAAUCCAGUUCUAGCAAAUUACAUGUCUAUUCAAACAGAUAUUACACCUCAUAUGCGGGGCAUAUUGAUCAACUGGUUGAUUGAAGUACACUUUAAAUUUGAUUUGAUGCCAGAAACACUGUAUCUCACAGUUACAUUGUUGGAUCAAUAUCUUUCCCUAGUGACUAUCAAAAAGACUGAUAUGCAGUUAGUUGGUCUUACAGCACUUUUGCUGGCUUCUAAGUAUGAGGAUUUUUGGCAUCCUAGAGUCAAAGAUCUAAUUAGCAUCUCAGCUGAAUCAUAUACAAGAGAUCAAAUGCUUGAAAUGGAAAAGCUUAUUCUUAGAAAAUUAAAGUUUCGUCUUAAUGCUCCUACUCACUACGUUUUUAUGGUGAGGUUUCUCAAGGCUGCAGAAUCAGAUGAAAAGCUUGAACACAUGGCAUUCUUUCUCAUUGACCUAUGCUUAGUUGAAUAUGAAGCUUUAGCAUUCAAGCCUUCAUUACUAUGUGCAUCAGCUCUCUAUGUUGCACGAUGUACUCUGCAAAUAACUCCAGCAUGGACCCCACUACUUCACAAGCACGCACGUUAUGAAGUUUCACAGAUCAGGAAUUGUGCUGAUAUGAUAUUAAAGUUCCACAAAGCUGCUGCGGUUGGAAAAUUAAAGGUUACAUUUGAAAAAUACUCCAGACAGGAAUUCAACGGGAUUGCAGCUGUGAAACCGUUGGAUAGACUUCCCCUGUGA